UUUCUUUUCCGAUCGUCCCUAACAGAUAAAAGGCUCAAUCCAUUUCCGUUCUGCUACCUGACAGCAAUAUGGUUUGAACUGCUUGAGUUCCAGUUUAUUCAUUCACACUUCGUUUUCCAGUACUCCCCAAAAACAUGUUGAAUUCCGCAUUCGAUUUGAUCAGACUUGCUGCUUCGAAUUCUCAUGCAGUUUUUUGUUUAUGCAAUCUGAUCAUAGUCAUUCUACUUGUCGGUUGCUCGAAAUCCAGGUCAGAAUUUAACGAAGAUAAGCAUUUUUCUCACAAGAACGUUGUUAGAAAUAAUAGAGGUUCCAUGGAAAGAACAAAUGCUUCAUUUUACUUGAAGACGGUAAUCACAUUGAGUGAUGAAUAUUCGUCUGUGAGUGUAUCAAUGGUCGACGAUGAUGAAGGAAGCCGAGAUGAUGAAGAAGAAGAAGAUGAUGACGAGUUCAGAAGAAGAGCUGAAGAAUUCAUUGAGAAAAUUAACAAGGGGUGGAUGGAUGAGAAGUUGAAAGCAUAUUCUCUAGGCCAAAAUGGACUUCACAUUAUGAUCAAACACGAUUAGGAAAAGUUUAGUUUGCACCACCGACAAGAUGGGCAAGCAAAAUAUUGAAUGUUCGAUUCGAUCUUUAAUAUUUAUCAAGUCCUCCUUAUCAAACAUGUUAAUAAUGCAUACUAUUAUGAUUUUCCA